AUGGCUAUCUUCAAGAGCCUUCUCGCGGCCACCGCCCUCGUCAACGUCGCCUUCGUAGGUACCGCGUACUCUUCGGAUGUUGCGUCGGUUGUUACGUCCAUCCAGCUCGUCACUUCGGUGACCUAUGUCGCCCCGCCCGCGGCUUCGUCUAGCACACACUGCAACACUUUGACUGUUACAGAGGUCGUACCUCCUAGCACCGUGACGGUUACUGCUCCUCCUCCUGGUGUUAGCGGUACCAACACUGUGUCUUCCUCCGAAUCCGUCGACGUGACCAUCCAGACUUCCACGCGGUCGUCUACCGUCUCAAAGGUAUUUGGAACUGAGCCCUGUACCUAUGUCACUUCCAGCAAAGCCAUUAUCGCUACCGGCUGCCACAUGCCUUCGACCUCGUCGUCUAACAACUCAAAGGUAUGGCCGACAGAGAUCUGUGCCACUAGCAUUGACAUUGUCACCCGCAACGGCGAAGUUUUGACUGUCACUGGUUGCCAUGGACAUUCAGGCCUCCUUCCUCCUACCGCCACAGCCACCUUGAGCAAGACCAGAAUUGUCCCUGUGCCGUCAGCUAGCGCUACUACCAACUUCACUGGAACCGCGACCACUGGAAGCGUGUUCAUGCCUUCUAUGAGCCAUUCGCACACUUUCCAUGUGAACGGCACCAAGCCUGCUAGCGCUACCGGAACCGGUGGUGCUAGUGCCAGCGCCUCCUACACGGCCCCUUUCCUUCCUCCCUUCACCGAUGCGGCGGAUGCUACUCAAGUGGGCGCUGCCGUCCUCUUUGGCGGUGUCUUGAUGGCUCUCUUCGGAGCCUAA